UAAAACGUCCGGGUCGUCACACGGUGCGCUGCUGUGUAAACGCAGGUUUACUUUCAUUUGUUCGCCCUCCUUCAAGCACUCAUGUCUACAUUCCAGACUACUCGCUUUUAUUUCAGCAGGAAAAAGAAGAAUGAAAGAGAGCGGCACUAUAUUAUGUGAUCGUCGGUCCGCUACGCCAAGUACCGGAGUCUGUUUAAACAAGCUGCAUAAAUAUGCAGAACUUCCCCGUUUGCUCAUGGAGUCCCAUAGUGUACAAUGGGUACACAUCGGGAGACUUCUAUGUACCGCCGGGGUGGCUUAUCGCUGCGAGAGGGUCCGAUUGCGAGAGGGCGACGGUCGCCGAUAGCUCGCGCCCGCGCAGCCGAGCAACACGUAGGGCUCGACGUGCUUCGUUACGGGACUCGCUUCGCGUACGCGGCGGUGGAGGGCGACCCGGUGCAAGAGGCGCGGCGAGACUCGGCGGAGGAGCGCGUCUGCCCAUGGGUGCCUCCGGAAGUUCGACGAGCGCCGUCGAUCAGCCCAGCGCGACGGCGAACGGCUCGCUCCCUCAGUGCGAAAAGAAAGCGACGACGCAGCAGCAGCCUCCCAAGCCCGAGGUGUCCAAAGCCGUGAGAGACUCGGUCCAGAAGUCCAUCGCCGCGUCCAGCUCCCUGCUCGGCGGAGGAGCCAAUGGCGUCCUCUGCAACGGGGUCGUCGGCGGCGGCGGCAGCGCCAAGAGCUACCAGAGGAUUCGAUGGUCCCGCAACAGCCUCCUGGCGAGGGCCAAGCUCGCCUCGGCCGUGGGGCGCGCUCAGAUGCACUGUCGCCGCUGCGAGCAUCGCUGGACGGACGACGGCGUCGAGGUGUUCUUCGACCUGGGCAGGCUCGGGGUCCCCAGGGUUGUGCGAAAGCAGUGCUUCAACUGCGGACACCUGGUGGUGCCGUCUUUCUCCUGCCUCGAGUGGGACCGGCUCGCCAGCGAGGCGCUCGGCAAGUGGUCCAGGAAGGCGCUCGAGGCCCACCUCAAGCAGAGCCGCACCGCCGGUGCACCGGUGCCCAUUCCCGAACACUGUUCCGUGCCCGUGCCGGACCCGGUGACUAAGGGGAUGGUCGUCAUAAACGUGGACGUCGUCAACAACAACUCUCCGCGCUGACGAGACUCGCAUUAUGGCGCGUCGUUGAUUUCAGUGCCGCACUGGCGAAGUUUCGUGCGUGCUCGUCGACGGUUGGGAGUGUCACGUUACCUUCCGUCCUAUCUAUGGUGGGCACACGUGCACUGUGGAUGCUCGACGGUGACCCGAUCAUUGCGUCAAGACGCUGCCUUCAUCAACGUUUGGUAAUCGACAGCGGCCCCUCUCCACAAUGUGUAGAUGCACGUACACAUCACGUGUAUGUUCUUGCGAGUGUACGCGCCUCGCUGCACCGCAAUUCAUUGCUCUAAGAAGGUUAGUUUAGAGCCGUCCCAUCAAAAUCAACUUAGCAACGUGAUGCCCGAGGACUUUCCGCUCCCAUUUAUCUUUGUCGCAUAGCGUGUGAAUGAGCGGUUGGUUGUAUAACAUCACCGCGAAUACGAUUACUGUGAAACGGUCAUACGUGAAAAUCACUGCCAAGGUUGUGUUGCUGCGAUCUUGCUCCGUAUUCAAAAUUUGAGUGAAAUUUUCUUAUCUAGUCAUGCUACGUAAAAGGCCAGCGCUCGCUGUACUCUUUUUUUUAGGGCGUCGCUUAUCUGCAGUGCACAAUGGUUAUCUUUUCUGCGAACAAAGCAAAGUUGUUCCUUUUCUUUUACUCGCGCAGAGGCCGGCGCCGAGUAGCACUCUGUCGCUGCAAACAGACACGUACACCCGUCGUCAAAAGCUUACAGCCCAAUCGUGACUCUUAGCUGUGUAGUGGGUCUGCAAUUGCAUCCGUUGCACUUUAGAGCUUUAACGAGUAAGCAGAGCUUUCAAACAUUCUUAUCUCAUCUGAAGGUUGUCACUAUAACCUUUAUAAUACUGCGCAUUUUUCACAUUUAGAGCUUGUAACCAUGCAAUCGAUUUGAAUAAUCGCAACAGCCUUGCAUGAUCUGGCGUUUUCUUCAUUUUUUAUAUGCGUUUGUAGCUAAAAUAGCUUGGAAUAGAGCUUAGAGAGCAAUUUAUAGAUGAUUGCUACGAACCAUUUUUAAAUUGUCAACGACAUGAUUGGCGCCAUCUAUAGCAUUUACCAUUAGAUUGCUGCUGUCUGUUGUAAUUAGUUAAUUAGUUUUUAACCAGAUCGGUGAUACCAUUAGACACGAAAAACAAAAUUCAAGACCAGCAUGAGUGGCACCCUUAGAGAAGGCUUUAGUUCGAUGCCAACUAUGUUUGCCCUCUUAAUAGACGUGUAGAAGGCAGAAAUUCUCCUGUUAGAGAGCAGGUGGAAAGUUUUGAAUAAAAUUGCUUGCAUCCAAGCCAAGAAGCUGAACCCUAUGGUCUGCUGGAUGCAGACUUCUGAUUUAGGGCUCAUAUUUUUCUACAAAAAUUGACGAUACCUUUACAAAUCCGUAUCUCUGGAAAAAAGAAAAAAAAAGAAAAAACGCAAUCAGUUGUUUAAACCGGAUCUGUUGGAUCACUUGAAACAAAUAAACGAGUUUAAAGAAUAGGAGAAUACAAAUCUGCAGCUUACGUUAUGUUUUUACACUGUUUACAACAGUUUUACAAAUGUUAUACGUAUAAAUGAGUGGAAUAUUUCAACGUGGUACAUGAUAUGUCAAUUUUCUCCGUUGUGGGUGUUUCAAUAGGUACAGUUUACGUAAUCUAGAUAUUGUUCCUUCUUUGUUACAGAGUUAGUUCGAUGACAAAAGAUUCUUUAAAUUUUGCGAUUUUCAGCAAUUCUAAAAAUAAGAAAGUGGGCGGCUUCAAUAGGAAAAAAAAAGUCUGCCCAUGGCAGUCAGUGCAUUGAGACUUGCAAAACUACGAAAUCCAAUGCAGUAGAUGUAAAUCUAAAUGAUUUCUCCGUUCUUACGUAUACUUAAAUAGGAGUUCAGUACGUAAAUCUUCCUCUUUAAUGUGAAAACGUUCAAUUUGAUGAAGGUUACCGUGAUACACGUGGUAAAGAAACAAAAUUAAUUAGGGGCACUGACAAUUCGUCGGUAUGCCAUAAUUAUUUGUAUGACUAUGUGUAUGCCAUAAAGUUUCUCAUACCGUGUCCUCCGUAUGGUCGAAACUCUGACAAAAUUCUCUGACCAAAUCCUUGAUGUUUGGCCCUUUAAGCGAAGCUUUUUUAAUUUUGUAGAACAGUUCCUUGAACCGCAACAAAUGAUAUGUACAAUGUGCAGGUCUCUUUAUUUUAUUUACGCAGAUUACGAUGUGUCCAUGGCAAGGGGUGUUUCUUUUUUCUUUCUUGUUCUGCAAUUCUUUUGAUGUUCAAGUGGGACGCCAUUUACAUUUGAGAGAAAGGAAGUUUUACAUACAUAUCUGAUGACCUCAAUUUCCUUUUUCUGAUUGGUUUAGUAGUUAAAAGUACCAAUUUCUAGUGAUUUGUGAAACACAACUGCUCUUGCUGCUGCCGAAAGAUCCGGUGCUGACAAUUUCGGAAUGCUUAAAUCACUUGAUACUAUGCGCAUGCAUCAACUCUCUCGAACGAACUAUGAACACACGUAGCGCACAGCCUUCAGUCAAUCGCCACAGUGGACCGGGCGUGACUGAACACUCACGGGAGUUAAGGACGUGAAAAAGGCACAGGGUCUGGGCGCAUGAGCAAGUCUCGGUUAGAAACAGUUAGAAAUGAACACCAAAGCGGAGAGAAGUGGCCGAGGAGGCUUCGCUUUAAUGAAAGCUUUCCGUAUAAGCGGAAUGACACCUACCAAUGCUUACUCGUCUUCUGUACUUUUGUCGGCACUGCUACGAUUUUGAGGACGGCAAACGCGCGCAAGCGGAUUUAGCGAGAGAGAGAGAGAGAGAGAGAGAGAGAGAGAGAGAGAGAGAGCAUUAGCUAGGUUGGAUAGUGCGCGCAGUAAACGUUCCACUCCUUUGCCGCAGAGUAAACAAGGAAGGUUAGAAAAAAAAAACGGGGAAAAAAGAACGUGCAUGUGGAGAAGAAACAUAUGUGAUGCUUUGUAAAAUGUUCGUGCGCAGCUGUUUACAAGAUGCGCGUUUCACGAGGGCGUUUUUACAAGGAGCGAACAGGCAGACGCCUUAAUCAUCGUUUAUGGGAGCACGGUUGCGUCAUCGGGUAAAUCAUCGCAAGAAAUGUGGUUGUGAACCGCACUCUCGAACACUGCACGCUCUUCGGAGACAAAGUGCCGCCACCGUGGCGGCAUAUAUAGUGGUUUUGGCGUUGUAAUGCUAAGCCAGAGGUCGCGGGAUCGAAUCCAAGCCGCGGCGCGGUGACCGCAUAUCGAUGGGGGCGAAAUGCAAGAACUCUCGUCAGCCGUGCGUGGGGCGCCCGUUAAAGAAACCCGUGUGGUGGAAAUUAAUCCGGAGUGCCCCACUACGGUGUGCCUCAUAAUCAUCUCGUGGUUUCGGCAGGUAAAAACCCAGAAUUAAAAGAAAAAACAAGAAUACAAAAAACACGUACGCGUGAGAGCAGUGAAGCGUUUAACGCAUACUAACACGGUGACUCAUGUGUUAACACGUCCUCUGUAUCUCUGCACUGGUGUGAAUUAUGCCACUUAUCGCAUGUGUGAAAGCCUGGGGAGAUUGGCGGCCUGGGAUGAAUUCCGCGCAGAUAUUUUUCUACAUAUUGCACUUGAUAUGCAAUAAAGACUGGUUGUUAGUCA